AUGGCGGCCGACGCACCUCUCCCCGAACUGGGGGAGCAAAAGGCCGAGAUUACGAUUCAAGAAUCACGGGUACUGGUGAUCAUGACCGGCGGCACGAUCUGCAUGCAGCAGUCGCCAUCCGGGUUCGUGCCAGCCAGAGGGUUCCAAGAGAAAUGCAUGGCGCGGGUGCCGACGUUCAACGACGGCUCGCCGUUAACACCAAUGAACGUGGUAGCUAAUGCAGCCGGCGAGCUCAAGGCACAUCCCAGUCUCCGUACGCCGGUGACAGCCUACGGCCGGCAGGUACGGUACACCGUCUUCGAGUUUGAAGAACUGUUGGACAGCAGCUCCAUCAACGCCAAGGGAUGGGCGGAGAUCGCGGAGACCAUCUCCCGGAACUACACGCUCUUCGAUGGGUUUGUGGUUUUACACGGCACAGACAGUCUGGCGUACACCUGCUCCGCACUCAGCUUCAUGCUCCAGAACCUGGGGAAGCCUGUUGUCCUGACGGGGUCACAGGCGCCGAUGCUGCAGCUGCAGAAUGAUGCCACAGAUAACCUGCUCGGGUCGCUGGUGGUGGCGGGCCAUUUUAUGAUUCCCGAGGUGUGUCUGUACUUCAACAACAAACUCUUCCGUGGUAAUCGGUCCACCAAAGUUGCUGCGAGCGAUUAUGCGGCCUUUGAUGCGCCCAACUGUCCGCCGCUGGCGGUGACGACUUCCAUGCGCACGAAUGUCAAUUGGGAUAUGGUGCAUCGCCCGACGAGUCUGGAGCAUUUCAAUAUCCAGACGAAUCUCGAUACCACCCACGUUGCGUGUCUGCGCAUCUUCCCCGGAAUCAAGCCGGAGAUGGUGGAUGCAGUGCUCAAACUGGAUGGACUGCGUGGGCUGGUCCUGGAGACAUUUGGAGCUGGCAAUGCCCCAUCGGGGCAGGAUAAUGCCAUGACCAACGUGCUGGCCAGCGCGAUCAAGAGGGGUAUUGUGAUUGUGAAUGUCACCCAAUGUCUUACGGGAAGCGUCAGCCCUGUCUACGCGCCGGGCAUGAGUCUCUCGAAGGCCGGGGUGGUCGCCGGGCUAGAUAUGACUACCGAGGCAGCUCUCACGAAACUAGCUUAUCUACUCGCCCUACCCGGGUCGACGCCUGAGAACGUGGCUAAGAAUAUGUCGAUCUCAUUGCGGGGCGAGCUUACCGAGAUGUCGCAGCCGGUCUUCCGGCAUCCAGAUGGUGCUCUACCGGGGCGGGUACAGACCCUUACUGCAAUGGGGUACGCCAUUGCGCACGGCGACCUGGAGCGGGUAAAAGCGAUCAUGAAAUCAGAGCAGCACUGGCUGCUGAACGACGCCGAUUACUCGGGCAACACUCCGAUUCAUCUGGCCGCCACCUCACCAGCUAUCGCCAUACUGCAUUUCCUCCUGUCGCAGGGCGGAUCGGUCCACCUCCGCAAUCGCGCCGGUCGUACGCCGCUGUUCCUGGCGGCCAAUGCAGGACUGUCGGAACAGGUCCUGCUGCUACGUAAAUCCGGGGCGCAUCUGCAUUCAGAUGAGCGACCGGCCGCAGAGUUGCUGGCGCGCCGGCGGCCGGGCGUCUGGGGAUUGGCGGGGAUUGGGCCAGGGGAAGGCGAGGUGGCCGAGGACUGGGCCGGGCAGCGAAUCAUGGCGGGUUCGGCGCCGUCGUGA